AUGAAGGGGAGAAGUCCGCAAAAGGCUCCGACCAAGUUCAAGACUGACCUGGACAUCAGCAAGGGCACCUACCGCGAGCGCGAGUUAGAGCGGUGGGUGCCCGACGCCGACGCCCCGCCGCCCACCACCAUGGAGCCGCUGGCGGGCGCCUGGGACCAGUUCAAAGUCAACGAGGAGAAGUUCGGCGUGGUGCUGACGUUCGACGAACACUUGUACACGACGAGAAUCGACAAGCUGGCGCCGGACUACGCGGCCAAAGCUAAACGCGCCGACGCCAUUGCCCGCGAGAUUGAAGGGCUGACGCUGGGCGACCGCCACGUGUUAGAAGAGCGGGGCAUUGUCGUCGAUGACCUGGGCGCCGACGAAGAAGACAAGUAUCUGGGGGUAGACCGUCGCGGCGACGAGCUUAUGGCCGCACUCCGCGGCGGACCCGCCACUGGUAGCAACCCCACGCCGCUGAAUUCAACGAAGCCAGGGCGCUACGCCACCCCUAGACAACGGGCGGCGGAGUACCAUAACGACCCUGCCAUUGUCCUGAGUUCAGCCACGGUGAAGAAGCGCGACCAGACGCCGGCGCAAAAGACCCCCACUCCGCAAGCGCUGCCAGCGCCGCUGUCAGCGAAACCGCACCCGCUGCAGUCACCGCCGGCACCCAAAACCGAAGAACAAUUCCGCCUCAAUGCUCAGCUGGAGAUCAACUCGUUGCGUGAGUUUUCGGCGAACUUCAAAAUUCCUCAUAAAAUGCCCAAUGACUUACUCCCUAUACUCGCCAAGGAUAAACUGAAGCAAGAGGAAAUCAUGAAGAAGCAAAAGGAUAGCCCCAAGAAGACGUCGAAGGCGUUCAAUCCUAAGGCGGCCGCAUUCACGCCGCUGUUUGUACCUAAACUGGCCAACCUGCCGGGGGCUCCCCCGGCGCUGGCGCCGGCGCCGCUGAAACAGUAUCACCGGCCGCAACAAAUGCAGCCUCAGCAAAGAAACCAACAGCGUCAAUAUAAUCAAGGACAACACCACGGACUGCAUCCCAAUGGUCAGGGUUCUAAACGUCACCACCAAAUCCUGGCGGCAGAGUUCUUUGGCGACGCGCUGAGGGUGCCGACGAAACAAUCACAACAACGGAAAAUCCAUGAGUUCAAGAACUCGUUUUCGUUGUUUAUCACUGCUCGCGAGCGGGCGGAAGAGGGUGCUGCUCCCAUUUACGAGCGUACUUUCCAGACUCCGCCGACGUGGGACCAAACUAUCGAUCAGCCGUAUGAUCAGAUCUUCCCUCCCGCCCUUGUGGGUAAGAUGCCGCCUCAAGCAGCACCGGGGAUGAUUCCUGGACAGCCGUUUGUGCCUCAAGGUCUUCCCGUGCCCUACCCGGGUAAGUACCCGAUGUCACCUGCUCAGCAUCCCCAAGCGGCGGCGGCGGCGAUGGCGCAGUUCCACCAGCAGCAACAGCAAUAUCAUGUGGCGAUGAUGUACCAACAACAGUUUCCCCCGGGGGGAGCGCCCAUGCCUAUGUACGGGGCCGAGCCUCCGUACAUGACCCCCCAGUUUAUCCCGCCGCCCCAGGGAUACUCCGGCCAAGGGUCGGGGCAGGGCAAUGGAGGCAUGUACCAAGGGGGCAGACGGUACCUGAAGAAUCGGCCUAACCACUAA